AGGGUUCCUGUGGCCCUGGUGGGGGUGUCACUGCUCCUUGGGAAGGCUGCGAAAGGUAAAUCUCAAACCCUUUGGAUUUUGGAUGUCCUUGACUCCCUUUCCUGCAAGAAGGGCUGGGUGAAGUUUGGUGACUGUAUGGCUCACCCUGCUGCCUCUGGGGCUGAUGUAAAGAGUAGCAGAGCAAAGGGUGUUUGAUCAGUAAAUGGAGCCUGAUAGAAAAUGAGGGUCUCUGCAAUAGUUAAUACCUUGAGCUGCGGUCCCUUGCGGAGCACCUUCAAUGGGCCUUGAGCUGGGAUGGUGCUUUGUGGGAGUGGGUGGUCCUUUUACUCUGGUUCCCCCCAUCAGAUCUGGGUGUUGCAGGCAAACCUUGUUUGUGUGCACAGGUGAGGUUUCCAUGAACCAGACAUAAUUUUUUUAAGCUGCUUAAUUCAGGAUUACCAAAAGUCUCAUUUCCAGAGCUGCUGUGUUGGUGUCUGUUGUGGCUUGGCUGCACUAGGUGCUGGUGGAGGGGCUGGGUGGGAUGAUAGUGCAAGGUGGUAGAGGCGCUUGGGAGUGGCUGAGUGAAACUGAGGGAGUUAAAAUGGGAAGGGAAGGGAAAAUUGUCCAGAGAUGGAUGGUGCUCAGUCUAGUGCAGUAGCUGAAAAAUCAAAUCCAGCAAGAAAUGUACUGGGAGAUGAAGAGGCUGUUGGGCAAAACCCUGCUGCAGGAGGGGACCUGUCUGGUGUAAGAGGCCCCAGGUGAGAGGUGUUUGGGUCGUUAAAGAUGAAGCAAGAGAGGUAAAAUUACAGAAGGAAGUGAAAGCUAUGUAACAAAAAAACCAAAACCAAAAACUUUAAGUGCUUAAAGACCGGGAGGUGAGUGAGGAGCUGGUGGAGGCUCUGAGGAGGCAUCCGGGACUGGGGCAGGCAGGAACCGCAGGGAUGUGCCAGGGCAGAGCCUGACUCUUCCCAGCUGCGUUGAGAAAGACAAGAGGAGAAGAGAGAUUGCACUGAGACAAAACCCUCCAGGAGUGGGAGGAGAAAUGCUGCAAGAAAACUGAAUUUCACAACCCCCAGCGGAGCAGGGACGGGAGCUGCUGCGUGGCCCCGGGUGCGUCCUUCCCACGAGCAUCGGAGAAGGGAGACCGGCGGUGGUGGCCAGGGAGUGGCGGAUGAGGGGGACCAGGAGAACACAGACGUCUUUCGGAGGGGAUGCCAACAACCAUGACAGCGUAGGCAGGCGGCAAGAGAUGGAUCGCUUCACUGAGUGCGGGACCCAGACGGACGCAGUGGUGGUGCUGUCCCUGGCGCAGGCUGCGGUUCUGGGCUUGGUGUCUGAGAAUGAGCUGCUUGGGGCCACUGUCAGUCCCUCCGGCUUCUUCCCAGGGCUGGGAGGGAAGCUGCCGGACCCUGCUGCGGUGGAGCCCGGGGAGCCGGAGGGCGAGGGGCAGGCACCAGGGGAUGGGCAGGAGGAGGAUGCCUUGGAGGCAGAGUCCUCCCUGGAGAAGCACGCCCGGAGGAGGAAGCGGCCUCCCGUGAGGCUGGUGCCCAAGGUCAAGUGCGAGAAGGCAGAGGCGGAGGACGAGGUGCUGUACGAAGUGUCCGUCCCUGGGGACGAGGAGGGUGAGCGGCAGCGCAGACGCCCGCCCCCCCUCCAGGACCCCAGCCAGGAGCAGACGGUGCAGAGCAGCGCCAUGAAGAUGAUCGACCUCGGUGCCUUCAGCAGGAAGCCCCGGCGCCUGCGGCACCUGCGCCGGCACGUGCGCCAGGAGCUGGAGGGCACCGAGUGCCGCCUCGGGGGCCCUGACCCUGCCGGUGCGGCGGAUGGUGGCACCGUGGGGACCCUGCAGACCGAAUGCGCCUUUGAGGCUGGUGCCCCGUCCCCUGGAGAGGCAGAGGCCCCUGCGCCAGUGUCCCCUGAGCAGGUGAAGAGCGAGCAGGGCUUCACCUGGCAGGAGCCGGGGGAGCUGGAUGCAGAGGCGGCGGGUGCCACCAGCGAGCGCAACAAGAAGGCGCAGCUGGACCGGCUGGACAUCAACGUGCAGAUCGAUGACUCCUACCUGGUGGAGGCAGGAGACCGCCAGAAGCGCUGGCAGUGCCGCAUGUGUGAGAAGUCCUACACCUCCAAGUACAACCUGGUGACCCACAUCCUGGGCCACAAUGGCAUCAAGCCCCACUCCUGUCCGCACUGCAACAAGCUCUUCAAGCAGCCCAGCCACCUGCAGACCCACCUGCUGACCCACCAGGGCACGCGGCCCCACAAGUGCGAGGUGUGCAGUAAGGCCUUCACCCAGACCAGCCACCUGAAGCGGCACAUGCUGCUGCACACUGACAUCAAGCCCUACAGCUGCCGCUUCUGCGGCCGGGGCUUCGCCUACCCCAGCGAGCUGAAGGCACACGAGGUGAAGCACGAGAGCGGCCGCUGCCACGUCUGCGUGGAGUGCGGGCUGGACUUCUCCACGCUCACCCAGCUGAAGCGGCACCUCUCCACGCACCAGGGCCCCACGCUGUACCAGUGCCUGGAGUGCAGCAAGUCCUUCCACUACCGCAGCCAGCUGCAGAACCACAUGCUGAAGCACCAGAAUGUCCGGCCGUUCGUCUGCACUGAGUGCGGGAUGGAGUUCAGCCAGAUCCACCAUCUCAAGCAGCACUCCCUCACGCACAAGGGCGUGAAGGAGUUCAAGUGCGAGGUGUGCGGGCGGGAGUUCACCCUGCAGGCCAACAUGAAGCGGCACAUGCUGAUCCACACCAGCGUCCGUCCCUACCAGUGCCACAUCUGCUUCAAGACGUUUGUGCAGAAGCAGACGCUCAAGACCCACAUGAUUGUGCACUCACCGGUGAAGCCAUUCAAAUGCAAGGUCUGCGGGAAGUCCUUCAACCGCAUGUACAACCUGCUGGGCCACAUGCACCUGCACGCAGGGAGCAAGCCCUUCAAGUGUCCCUACUGCUCCAGCAAGUUCAACCUGAAGGGCAACCUGAGCCGGCACAUGAAGGUCAAGCAUGGGGUGAUGGACAUCAGCCUGGACAGCCAAGAUCCCAUGAUGGACCUGGCCGGGGCUGACCAUGCUGAGCUGGACGGGCAGCAGGAUAUGGACGACUUCGAGGAGGAGAACUCUUAUGGCUACGGGGGGGUGGGCAACCCUCCGGAUGAGCAUGCCCUGACCGAGCAGGCCAUGAAGGAGAUGGCGUACUACAACAUGUUGUAGCCGAGGCUGGAGGAGGCUGCCAGGGGCCUGUAUGGACUUUGCAUGGUAAGAGGAGCUGCUGCCAGCAGGCUGUGGCACCCAACCAGACCUGCACCACCACCCCUGGAGAAGGGGGGCUCCAGCUGAGCUUGGUGAAGGAGAAAACAGGGAUGUCCAAAAACCUUUGCCGGGGCGAAGGCAGGAGCAGAGGCUGGAGGUGGCACAGGGCGGCGGUCGCUGCCUGCCACAGGCACACCGAACUGGUGCAGCGAGGGCUCAGCUGCAAGCUGCUGCCAGACCCUUGCAGAGCCCCAGUGGAGCUCUCUCCUUCACUGCGGUCCUUCCCUACCACCCCCAGAGAGGGAGCACCGGGCUGUGCACCAGUUGUCUGCAGCUCUCUUGCCCACUGCUGACCUCCCUUCGCUCUGCUCCUGCCUGCCUGCCCACCCCACCGCACGGUGGCAAGCCGGGACCUUGCCUCUGUCUUCACCCUUGCCUGUACUUCAGCGUCCAGUGCACUUGAAGCUGCAGGCAGGGGAAGGCACGUCCCAGAAGAUGAUGAGCAUUACUAAUUAUUCUACCUCCUGGGUCCUCCCCCAUGGCUGUGCUGGGGCUGCAGCCCAGCUGGCCCCCUGCUCCCCCCUCCCAGUGCCCCGUGGGGCAGAAGCCCCUCUGCCCACGGGAGGAGGUGGGUUUGCAUUUCUUGCUCUUCCCCGUCUCCCAGACAGGCGAGAGCUGUCCCACUUGCUUUGGCACCAGCUGCGAGCUGGCACGGGCAAAGCUGUGGCAACCUGCGCGAGGCCACGGGGCACAUACAAAACAGAAUAUUUUCUUACAAACUAAUGGCAAAGCUCAGAGGAAGCAGCAGCUCUGGGUAUAGAGCAGCUGUAGUGAGCAGUGUAUUUAAAGGAAGGUAAACCCUGUUCAACUUGAGCAAAUGAUGGUAUUUUGAAAGUAAUUUAUUUUUUUCAGAUGUGCCGCGUGGUUGGAUUUAUCUUUUCACUGAGUUCAGUUUCCUUCAACCAAUGUGCUUUGUAAACCUG